AUGACACAACUCCAAGCUUCUGGCAAUGGCCAGAUUUCGCAGGAUCAUACGGUGGUGCACAUCGAGGACUCGGAUGACUACGACACCGAUUCCUCGUUGAGCAGUGUCCAAUCGCAAUAUUCCAGAAGUGAGGAUGCUACGUUGGAUAUCUUGGCACAAGUCUGCGUUCGUGAGAUUGCUAGUGACAAUUCCCGAGGUUCCGAUAGUGACGAUGCUAGUGCAGGUGCUCAGAAUCUUGAUGGCCAGGAUACUACUGGGUUAGAUAUCUUGGCAGAGGUCUGUGCUCGUGAGCUUGCUAGUGAAAAUGUUCAAUGCCGUGAAGCUGAUGAUACUACUGCGUUGAAUAUGUUGGCAGAUGUAUGCAUCCGCGAGCAGAAACGCAUUAAAGAGCAGCGUCUCCUUCAACAGAAGCAGUACCAGCACCGUCAACAGCAGCAUCUCCUUCAACGGGAGUACAACGAGUGGUUCAUGAAACAGCAGCAACACAUGGAACAGGUAUAUCGAACCCACCGAAUGCAAACGCAGCACCAAAUUCAAGCGCAGCACCGAAUGCAAGCACAGCACCGAAUGCACCAAGCGCAGCACCAAAUGCAAGCACAGCACCAAAUGAACGCGUCGCAGCACAUGCAAUUGCAGCAAGAUAUACAAGCGCGGCAACAAAUGCAGGCGCAGAACCUAAUUCAAGCGCAGAACCGAAUGCUGCAGGCGCAGCACCAAAUACAAGCGCAGCAACGCAUUCCCCAGGAGAAUCGGGGUACAUCUGAGGUACAAUGCUCUGAUACUUUGAGAAAUGCCAUCCUUCGCACGUCAACGAUGCUUCAAAACAUGGCUGGUGAACUUGUCCAACAACGGCAGCAAUGA